GUUUUGACGACGUUCAAAACAUGCUCGAUUCGAUGUCAGCAAAGGCAGGAAAAGCUGAAGAGGUUGAGGAGGAAACAGUCGCUCGAACAGAGGAGCCUUCUCAUGACCUUCAGAAAAAAUCAGUCGCUGUUCAAUGUAGCUCUGCAAAGUCUUUCGAAGAUUCCAAUAUAGUUCUCGUGAAGUGUUGGUCUGACAAUGAAGAUGAUGAAGAAGCUGACAAACUUGCAGACAAUAAAAAGCUAAGGCGAAGAGAAAAACGAGAUCUUAAAAGAAAACUUUUAUCAGGAAAUACUGAUGAGGGGAUCGGAGAGAAGAAGGUAAAACUUGAAGAGAGAGACACAAUUUCUCAGUCUCAUGCCACAUACCAGAAAAAUCCAGCAGACACAUCUGCAGGUGACAUAAAAUCUGAAGAUUUAGAACUUGAUGCAACUUUGCCUGAUACUGCUAAAAAGAUAAUUAAUGCUAAUGCUCUGAAGCAGACUAGGCCUGGUUAUUCAGAUGACCGAUUCAGUGAAACAACGUACUAUUUUGACAAAGGUUUACGCAAAGUUUAUCCCUACUAUUUUACAUUUACUACCUUUACGAAGGGUCGCUGGGUGGGUGAUACUGUACUUGAUGUCUUUUCUAGGGAGUUUAGGGCGCACCCUUCUCAUGAGUAUAAACGCUGCAUUGAGGCAGGAUCUCUUACAGUUAAUUAUGAAAAAGUAUCUGUCGAUUAUAAGCUAAAACACAAUGACCUGUUGGCAAAUGUUGUGCAUCGCCAUGAAGUACCUGUUGUGGCUAGUCCUAUCGAAGUUGUCCACAUUGACAAAGAUGUUGUUGUAAUUAACAAACCAGCUUCCAUUCCCGUACACCCAUGUGGUAGAUAUAGGCACAACACAAUAGUAUUUAUUCUUGCAAAAGAAUAUAAUCUUAAAAAUUUACGGACCAUUCAUCGUUUAGAUAGAUUAACAAGUGGAAUGUUGAUGUUUGGGAGAACUGUCAGAAAAGCUUUAGAACUAGAAGAGCAGAUAAGAAAUCGAUUGGUGCAUAAGGAGUAUGUAUGCCGAGUGGAGGGAGAUUUCCCUUUUGAAGAAAUUGAAUGCACUGAGCCCAUAGAGGUUGUGAGCUUUAAAAUUGGUGUUUGCAAAGUUUCAGCUAAAGGGAAAGAAUGCUCUACUACAUUCAAGAAAGUUGGCUUUAAUCCAAAAACUAACAUAAGUGUGGUUCGGUGCAUGCCUCACACUGGCAGGAUGCAUCAAAUUAGAGUGCACUUACAGUAUCUAGGAUAUCCUGUUUUAAGAGAUCCCCUGUACAAUCACCCUGUGUUUGGACCUGAGAAAGGAAAAGGGGGCAAAAUUGGAAAGACAGAUGAUGAACUUAUUCAAGAUUUAAUUCAUAUCCAUAAUGCUGAAAACUGGCUAGGAUUGGAUGGAAGCGAAGGUGCAGGUGUCAUGUCUAUUCCUCUUGUUGAAACUGUAACUGGUGAUAGCAAUGACAAUGAAUGUUCAAGUUGCGAUCUUGAAAAUUUAUCCAGGGAAGAGGAUAAUCUCCCUCUCAAUUCUGUUGCUACCCAAACAAAUCAUGAUGAACCUGACCCUCACUUUCGCACUGAAAAGCUCACAAGAGAACCCACUUGUUCUGAGUGUAAUGUGCAGUACAGGGAUCCAAAGCCAAUGGACCUGAUAAUGUAUCUUCAUGCUCUUCGCUAUGAGGGUCCCAAUUGGUCUUAUGAAACAUCUCUUCCAGCCUGGGCUGAUGUUAACUGGACAGAAGAUUAAAAUAACUGUGAUACUUUGGCAUCAAUAAUUUUUAAUUACAGAAUGUUACUUGUAUUUUUCAUUUGUAAGUUGUUUGUGUUAUAAUCAAAAAUAUAUUGGUCUAAAAACAUAUAAACGAACCUUCCUCAGUUGAAA